AUGAUUAAAAUCCUUGCUGCCCUCGUCGUCUUCAUUUUUGUGGUGGCGCGCUUGAAAAAACGAAAAACACCCAUCUCAGUUCUCGUCACCGACCCAUACGAGGCGAAACAAAUACUCCGCAACAGCGAUAUAACUUCCCGUGCCAUACCGAACCAGAGGUUGAGAAAGUCUUUUGACAUAUCCAAUCCGUUCACUAACUCAAACGACGAAUAUCGUCAGAAAUUUCGGAACGUCAUUAUAAACAGCAUCGGCUUGAAGGAAGACGGAUGGAAGAGGCUUGCAAAAUUAGCACUCGAGACGGUAAAUUAUCAGAAAUACAAGGAAAAGGAUACAGUUGAGCUCGUUCCCUGGAUUCAAAACAUCGCCCUGAAUGUUAUACUACGUGGUUAUAUGGGUUUCGACGCGAAUAUCCAUGGGAUUGUUGACGAUAUCCCGAAACUUAUAAACGACAUUUGGAUUAAAUCAAAAGAAUUCAACAGCAACAGGCAGUCAAUCUCGAAGUCAAAAUGUUUGCUCAUGAAUCUUCUCCACAAAGCAUCCUUGCAACAAAGCGAAGAAAAGGGCAUCGGCCAUGCUCCCAAUGUGUUACAAGAAAUCUCGAAAAUUGCGCAAAAACAUUUAGACAAUGUUCGAAGUUUCACACAACCCUCUCCUCGGAUCGAUGAGCCCACGGCGGAUGAACUGAAAUCACCGUUAAAUAUCUUGCUUCCGGCAUAUGAAACAAUGUGGAGAGUCCUGUUAUAUGCCGUCUUGGAAAUAAAAGUGAGAGGGUUGUUGAAAAGCAGAAAUGAUGAAAGGAAGGUCAAAAAUAAUUUCCUUAAGCGCCUGGAUACCGAGGCCAAAGAUUUACUCAGAAAUCCGCAUCGCGCCUCAAAAAACAAUUCAUUAAACCUCAUUGUGAAAGAAACAUUAAGAUUAUAUCCGGCAACACGUCACAUACAUCGGGAGAAGGACGGGUGGAAGUACAUAAUAGAUGUAGAGGCUAUUCAUCGUAAUCCUACGGCUUGGGGAAGCGACGCUUCUCGCUUCAAUCCUGAGCGAUUCAAAGAUUUUUCACAAAAUGAUCACUAUAUCCCAUUUUCGGUUGGACCAAUGCAAUGUGUAGCAACCAAAUUUGCGCCAACCUUGGCCGCCAUUCUAAUUGCGUCGGUCAUAUCUUCCGUUGAUAUUCUGGAUAUUGUGGGUAACAACACGGUUUCUAAAUAUCAAGCGAAUCCCGAUAUUCCAUUUGAGAACAGUCGCCGGUCCUUUGAGAAUACCUUUGUAAGAAUUGUAACACGAUCGUCGUGA